GGCUAGGGUUUAUGGAUCGCGGUGAUGUUGUUCCGCCAAAUCCCGUGGCGAUCGCGAAGAAAUCUUCGAGCCGCUUCCAAGUACGCGCGCGAUUGCUCUACAUUGGCUGGAGCUCAAGAACCUCCUCCUGUUCUUCGACUUGGAUCACUAUCUUCCUCGCAUUCUCUGUCAGAUCAAGAUAUUUCCAAGAACGAGGCUAGAAUCAACCAAGACGAGAUUGAGAAUCUCCACUCCCAGCAACAAAGCGCGAUUACGAGCAGGGCUCGAUUGGAGGAGCUUGUAGAGCAGCUGGAAAUCGAGCAGAAGAAGAGAUACGUCGCGGACGUCGAGUACGUGCGUCUCCUCCAGGCAUGUCCCAAGCUCAAAGCUUUGGACAUUGCUCGACGCCUCCACUCACAGAUCGUGAGAGCGUCGCUGGACAACCGCGUCUUCCUCGGCAACCAUCUCAUCCACACCUAUGGGAAAUGCCACAGCCUGGACGAUGCAUGGGAAACUUUCGAGCGCAUGAGCUACAAGAACGUUUACACAUGGACUGCGAUCAUCGGGGCAAAUGCUGCUGGAGGGUGUGAAACCAGACAACAUCACGCUGCUCGCGGCGCUCACGUCCUGUGAGACCUCGCAAGCUCUCCCCGCCGCAUGUAUGGGAGCUGCGGGAGCGUCGACGAUGCCAAGAGAGUUUUCGAUGCAAUGCCGGCCAGGAAUGUCAUCACCUGGACUGCGAUGAUCGGGGCUCAUGCCGAGACCAGUCUCGAGCAAGCUUUCAAGGUGUUCCGGCUGAUGGAGCUCGAGGGGUUUAAGUCCAACUUCGUGACGUACGUGACGCUCGUCCAGGCUUGCUCCAAACCGGAGUUUCUAGAGAUGCGGACGGCUGGAGGACGCGCGCGCCAUCUUUUCCAGCAUGGUGGAGCGAGAUAUAAUCGCCUGGAACGCUCUCAUUACGGAGUAUGGCCAGCACGGGCAUGUCGAGGAGGCUGUGCUGCUCUACCAGCUUAUGCUACAAGAGGGCUGUAAGCCAGACAAGAGAGCGGAGUGUCCAUCAACAUCGCUCUGGGGACAGCGCUUGUGGCGAUGUACUCCAAGUGCGAGAGCCUGGAAGAUACACGCUGGCUGUUCGAGAAAAUGCCGCAGCGCAACGUGAUCUCCUGGAACGUCAUGGUGACAGCGUAUGCCAAGCACGGUCUGGGAAGGAAAGCAGUGCAAAUCACGGAGUACAUGCAGCUCGAUGGUGUAAAGCCGGACAACGUUACGUGUGUUGGUCUUCUAAACGUAUGCACCGGCUCGGCCGAUCUCAAGCUGGGAAGAAAGGUACACGGCUGGAUAGCGGAAGGCAGGUGCGAGGCGGACUUAAUCCUGUGGAACUCACUCCUAAACAUGUACGGCAGGUGUGGAGAAGUGGAACAAGCGGAGAUGGUCUUCGACGGGAUCCUCCAGCGUAAUGUCAUCAGCUGGACGGCAAUGCUCACGGCGUACUCGCGGCAGAACAGGCAAGACAUGGCGCUGCUCCUCUUCCACGCCAUCCAUCUCAGCGGGGUGAAGCCGACGUGCAUCACCUUUCUUGAGGCGCUGGACGCGUGUGUCGGUGCGGAGGCCCUGGGCAAAGGGAGGCUGGUCCACUCCUGUGCUGUUCAGAGCGGGAACGACACCGACGUGUCGCUGGGGAGUGCCUUGGUUGCCAUGUACGGAAGGUGUGGCUCGAUCCGAGACGCAAAGGCAUGCUUCGACGACACAGAAGUUCGGAAGAAUCACGUAACUUGGUCGGCAAUGAUUGCGGCAUUCGUCCAGCACGGGCAAGACAGGGAAGGACUCCAGCACUUGCGGUUCAUGCAGCAGCAAGGACUAGACAUGUCCCCGGCAACGUUUGCAUCGACUCUAAGUGCAUGCUCCAACCUCGCCGACCUCCGAGAAGGCAAACGAAUCCACUCAUACGUGAGAGAGAGAAGAUUCGACACCGAGGCUGCCACCGUCACGAAUUCGCUCGUCACCAUGUAUGGAAAGUGCGGCAGCCUGGACUGUGCGAGAGAGGUCUUCGAGACGUCCCGUCGGCAGGACAUCAUCUGCUGGAACGCCAUCAUCUCGGGGUAUGCUCAGCACGGCCAGACCAGAGACGCCGUGGAACUUUUCCACCGGAUGCAACAGGAAGGCGUAACUCCCGACCCCGUCACCUUCGUCUGCAUCUUGAGCGUCUGUAGCCACGGGGGCUUGCUCGACGAGGGCGUCUACGCGUACGCGAGCAUGGUCGAGCUGGGCCUCGAGCCAACGCAGGACAACUACGCUUGCGUCAUAGAUCUCCUGGGACGAGCAGGGAAGCUGCAAGAGGCCGAGGAGUUUAUACAGUCGCUCGGCACCCGGCCAGCGAUCGAGACGCUCACUUCGCUGCUGAGCUCUUGCAAGAGCCACGGCGAUGUACAGCGCGGGAGGCGAGCGGCAGAGGGGAUUAUGGAGAUGGAUCCCAGGAGCUCCUCGGCUCACGUUGUGCUGUCGAGCAUUUACUCCGCAGACCCCGAAGAGUAGAACUACAACUUACAAGCAACGGUCAUCAACACGUAGCUCGGCAGAGCAAGCUCGGCUUCACCAACUUCUAACUGUUCGGUGUUAUGAGGUCGGUGUCGUGGAGUUCGUUCGCUCGCUCUCAUUCAUUUAUCAGUGUUUCAAGCCACAGUGAUGUGAUUUCGUUCGUUUUGUUGUGGAUGGCAGGCUGCAAGUUUAUGAACAACGAACGAUCCAAGAAUGCCGAAGAAGAGGACGGCAUGACAUUACGCUUGCAAAGGCGAGAAGACUUUUAACUCGGCUGCUGGAAGCGAGCUGCCAAGGUCACGAGUUGAAAGUGGAGAUGGUGGACACGAAGAAGAAAGAAAGAGACUGUUGGAAGAAAAGAAUCGCAAGGUCAGUGGCGCAAUUAUCAGCAGUCGUUCGUUCAUUUCAUGUGCAGCGCCAUUAAGUAGCAAAAGUUCAAACCA